AUGGGAGAUUUGCCCAGCGAACGCGUAAACCCAGUUCUCCCAUUCUACAACACUGGUGUGGAUCUGUGUGGUCCAUUAUUCUAUAGACAAACCAACAAGAAGACUGCUCCAAUCAAAUGCUAUGUUGCUGUUUUCGUCUGUCUUGUGAUCAAGGCAGUACAUGUGGAGCUUAUUGCCGAUUUGUCUACUCCAGCCUUCAUUUCUACAUUGAAGCGUUUCAUAGCUCGUCGCGGUAAACCAUCCGUAAUCCAGUGCGACAACGCCAAAAAUUUCCGGGGAGCUGAUCGAGCGCUCAAGGAGAUGUAUGAGCUGUUCCAGAAACAACAACAUCAGGAUGCUGUUACAACUUACUGCGGAACGGAAGGGAUCACCUUCAACUUCAUCCCUCCGCGGUCACCCCAUUUCGGUGGGAUCUGGGAGGCCGCAGUGAAGUCGCUGAAACGGCAUCUCAAGGCUACGAUAGGAUCCAGUAUCUUGCGGCGAGACGACCUGGAAACUAUCUUAGUUCAAGUGGAGGCUUGUUUGAACUCGCGACCGUUAACUGCACUUUCCAACGAUCCAGAGGACCUGGAAAUUCUGACACCGGGUCAUUUUUGA